AUGCCAACAGGGGUGCUCCCAGACCGCCAUGACCCAAAGGACCCAAAUGCAAGCAAUCGAGUACCGACGACCACCGGGCCCGGUGACCCGGAACCCACAUGCAAUGACAAAUGCAAGCUGGAUAAGAGCAAUCCAUGCAAAUGCAAUGAAAACGGUUGUGACUCUGAAUCGCCUGGCUGCUGUGGCAAUGCCAGUUGUCCAAUGUGUGAGUGUGGGGACAACAGCUGCUCCCCCAGCUCACCAGCCUGUUGCAAGACUGAAACAUGUCAGUGGUCAUGGACUGGUGGAGGCGGAGGUGACGGAAGCGGGAAACCUGUUGACCCGCUUCUGGAAAGUGUUCCUUUAGAACUCAAUAAAGAGGCAGAUGUGUGCAACAGCACGCCUCUUAUACUUGUAGACGCGUCUUCAUACCCAGAGAAUCGCCCUCAUUACCCUCCAUCGAUGGAAUUUACAGUGGUGGCGGGGAAGAGGUGCAAAUACACAGGAGACUCAAAUGGGGCAGGCAUUCUGAAGUGCGAUGGGUCCAAACACUCUCCUUGCAAGGCCAGAGGUCUAGAUGACAAGAAACGUGUUUAGUACCACUGCCGGGCUCAACCCAGUCAACCUACUACCUGGCUGUGGAUUGUAAUUUCUAGGUUGCGGGUGGUCAAGUACGAACAACGGUUAGGGAAAGAAAUGAAGACCCUCACCCAGCAAGAUGGCAAGAAAAGGUGUGGUUUUUGUAAGCCUUUUGAAAAUGAAAUGAAAUGAAUGGCUUUCUGGCUGAGGGAGAACUUUGAAUCCACACUUUAUUAUCAGUCUGUAGAGAAGCAGCAAGGCUGGUUUCCA